AUGAUGAAGCCAGACGUAACUACAACUGUAGUGAACAAACAAUAUAGUUCUACAGCCAAACAUUGUGGUAGUGUUGUUCGAGAUUUCUCAAAAAGUGAUGCAGUAAAUGUGCGCGACUAUCGAGCCAACUCAGAAAAGUGGGCUAAUGGACGCAUUCAUUCACAAACUGGACCUUUGUCGUACAAAGUUGACAUAAAUGGUACCUUAUGGAGGAGACACGUUGAUCAAAUAGUUGGAACAUCUAAGGAUCAACCCAGCAACUCAACUUCUAUAGUGACUGCUGAUAUUCCGUUUAUACCAUCCGUUAAUACUUCUGGUACUACCGACAAACUUAAGGAUCAGGUGACAAAUUCAGGAACCAGUGCUACCAAUGUUGAGCCACGUCGAAAUCCGACAAGAAACCGGAAGAAACCUGACAGACUUAACUUGUGA